GUAUUUUCGAUCUUGCUGGCUCGAAAGGUAAGCGUGCGGGGGGAACUGCUUACGGUGACCGGCCAAAAAGGCGAAGGUAUACACGCUCUCUCAUGCGGGUUGUGGCGAUGGGAAGAGGGCUAAAACAUGGUUACCAGACAAACCCGUGAGAAUCUUUCUCAGGAUCACAAUCUGCGCUCUCCGACUGCUGAAGUGGAAGGGCAAGCCAGGACACCUGUUGCAGAAGCGAUGUCGACAACGUCGCAGGUCCCAGAUACCGAGCAGCGCCGCCGAAGCCCUCCUGUCGAAAAUGAAGGAGGCGCCCCGCAGGCACCCGCCGACUUCACCAAAGGUCUGACAUCUCAUGAUUUGCGUGCACCGGUUUCUGCGGUACAUCAUAUGUCAACCCCCGAGGAGCGGACCGCGAAUGGAAUUGAGCCCAUGGCCUCCUCUCGGUCCAUUGAAACCCCUCGACAACCAGUUGAAAUGUCAGGUUUCUUAGGUAGAAUGGACGUGGGACCAGACGUUAUGUCGAAGGGUCUAAUUCAGCAGGGCCAAGCCAGGAAGCUAUUCAACCUGUUCAUGACCUGUGCUGGAUGCUUCAUGCCAAUAUUUGAUCCCGUGAUGGACACAUUCGACAGCUUACGGAUUCGUGAACCAUUCUGCUUUGCGGUCAUCCUGGCUAUUGCCUCUUGCGUCGAGCACAUACCGGACUUUCCCGAGGUGUCCAAAUCAAUGUUGCAGGAUGAAGUAAAAAGGUUGACUGCUCAGAGUCUUUUCAAAAGACCUGCAACUCUGGGAAGCAUACAAGCAAUGCUUCUCCUGGCUGCAUAUACGGAUGAGGCUUGGUUUGCUAUUGGGCAUGCAUUGCAAAUGGCGAAGGAUCUUAAGUUAGAUUGCGCCCUCCAAAGACUUGUGGCUACUAAUGAGACAGAAGCCAUUUCAUUCAAAGAACAAAAGCAUCUAAUGCGCCAGGUUCGAGUUUGGCUUUCUCUCUGCUUCAUCGAAAGGGAAAUUGCAGCAGGAACAGCAACUAGUUCUCGGAUAGUUCCAGUUGACAUUGGGCUUUUGCAAAAGCUUCGCAACCAUCCAUUCUAUACCGCAUCUGAUUUACGUGCUACGUCUCUAGUUGAAAUUGUUCAGAUUCGAGGUAUUGCUUCAUGCGAUUUUGAAAACUUCCAGCAAGAGAUUGCACGGGCUGUUGAUCAAGAUAGUGCCGUUGAUCGGCUCAGGAAAAUUGAAAAAGAAUAUCGACAGUGGUUAGAAUUCUGGGAUGAUAUUCACGAUAAAUACGGCUUCGACCAUUCGUCAUUCCAAAGAGCUAGUAUUCGGGGACAAAAGAACUGGGCAGUCAUGUUCACAGGAUGCGCAAUCCUUGGUCGGCUGCAAAAGGAAGCGGGAGUUACAAAGUCGUCGGCUGGAGAGCUUGAAGCUCCUUCAAAAGAGCUAGUCACGUACAUCGUUUCCACCGCAUUGGAGCAGCUCAGAUUCAUCCUGCGGGCAUCUGAUUAUAAAUGGAAUCUUCGCUGGGCGACAAACUAUUCAGCUUUGUCAGUCACUUUUGCUGUUGUUUUCGUUUUAAAUGCCGCAAGGAUACACGAGAAAUUAUUUGACCGUGCUGAGAUCCUUGGUAUCGCAGAGGAGAUUGCACAGGCAGAGAGAGAUGGGCAAAGCAUGGCCGCGCAACAAAAUGAUCCAUGCACCCAGGAAUCCACCCAGCGAAUGGCUGAUCAUAUCUAUUCGAGACACAUUCCUGGGAAUGAGCCGCCAGCAUCCCUUCACUCGGACCUGUGUCUUGAAACACUUCUUGAUGAUCAUCUACAAGAUGCUGAUUGGAUGCUAGAGCCAUCUUCAAUUACCGCUCUGAAUUUCCCGGGCGAGGAAAACACGACUAUUUUGGACCAGGACUUCUCUCUGGGACAUGAUCUUCGGUCUUCGACAUAUCAGGGGGGUUAAUUCGUGACAACAUUCUUUUUAACUUCUUUCUACACUUCC